GACGCAUCUUAGACACAAAUAACCAUCAUGACUGCUGGUGAACGAGUUUCUUCCAUUGCUUCCCACCUCGGUUUGAAAGGAAAGAUGGACGCUGGAGUAUCGGUCUUCAACAAUGUUCCUAUGGCGCCGCCGGAUCCAAUCUUGCACUUGAACACGUUGUACAAGGCGGAUCCUAACCCUCACAAGAUCAACCUUGGUGUUGGAGCAUACCGGGAUGAGCAGGGGAAGCCUUGGGUCCUCCCUGUGGUCAGAAAGGCCGAGCAUAUUAUUAUUGAAGACCCAGCUCUGGAUCACGAAUACCUGCCCAUCGAUGGAUUGAAGACCUUUACUGAAGCGUCUGUGCGGCUGAUUUUAGGUAAAAGCAGCCCAGCUGUGCUGGAGAACAGGUAUGUUGGCUGCCAAACAAUCUCUGGAUCUGGCGCCGUUAGACUCGGCGCAGCAUUCCUGGCUCGGUUCCGCAAGGCCCCAAUUUAUAUUUCUAAACCCACUUGGGGAAAUCACCGAGCUAUCUUUGCCGAUGCUGGGCUCGAAGUAAGAGAAUAUCCGUACUGGAACCCCGAGGUGCGGGGGCUCGCGCUGAAGGAAUUGCUUGAUACACUCAAGUCUGCUCCAAAUGGCUCCAUUAUCUGUCUUCACCCUUGUGCGCACAACCCCACCGGAGUUGAUCCCACUCCUGAAGAAUGGAAGUUGAUCGCUGAAGUCAUACGGGACAAGUCACAUUUCCCUUUCUUUGACUGUGCUUACCAAGGAUUUGCCAGCGGAGACUUGGACCGAGACGCCGGUGCUGUGCGAUACUUUGUAGAACAAGGCUUUGAGUUGCUGGUCGCUCAGUCCUAUUCGAAAAACAUUGGAUUGUACGGCGAGCGGACUGGAUGUUUGACAGUCGUCACACGCACGCCUGAGCAAGCAACUGCAGUACGGUCUCAGCUUUGCAAACUGCAACGUGCCAUGAUCUCCAUGCCACCCGCAUUUGGUGCUAGGAUUGUAUCCAUGAUUCUGAAUGAUGAGAAGCUCUUUGGACAAUGGAUGGUGGAAUUGAAAACAAUGGCCGAUCGUAUUAUCACUAUGCGACGGGAGCUAUUCAACGCCCUAUCUGAGCUCGGUACCCCUGGCACUUGGAAGCACAUUGUGGAUCAAAUCGGCAUGUUCUCGUACACCGGGUUGAACGCAAACCAAGUGAAGGUUCUAAUAGAGAAGUACCACGUCUAUCUGACAGAUAAUGGUCGGAUCUCGAUGGCUGGCUUAAAUUCGGGCAAUAUCAGGCGAUUUGCGGAAGCUCUGGACUGGGUCGUAAGAAACGUUAAAUGAUUAGACAUAGCAGGAUAUUCUUCCUUGUUAGGAAAACAGUGUUAGAAUGCAAUGUAUGGUUGCCAAUAUCGUCUAUUUUUCUUGAAAACAUAAUGUUUGCCAGAAAG